UCGAAGGGAGAGAGUGAGAGAGAGAGAGGGAGAGAGAGAUGUGGAGCUGAGUUGACAAGCAAAGCAGCGACUCACUCGCACUCUGGAGCUUACAGCACUGAGCCUCUCGUCUUUCCUCUUUCCUUUCUCCUCGCUCUCACUGCUUCGCUUUUCUUCACCACUGGAGGACUUUUGCACUUCUCCUUUCCUGGAGUUGGAGGAACCACAGCUUCACUUAAGAGUUCUGCAAGGAAAGCUGAAUAAACACGCAGGAUGGAGGAAAAGAAAGCACAGGAAAGGAGAAAGUGUUAAAAGAGACAGGAUUUGUGUAUAGAAGCGGGGGCAGACCGUUGGAAAAAAAUAGACAAGAAAAAGUGUACAAGCACUGAAAAGUAGCAGGAAGUGAAAAGAAGUAGCAAGUGGAACACCUGAAGAGUAAGAUUGAUUGUAAGAGAGACUAAGGAACACUGGAAGUGUAGCAGCCGUGGCGGCCCACAUGCCCAUCGAUUUCGUGUGCAAAAUCAAGUUUGCUGAGGGAGAUGAGGCCAAAGCGACCCCACCCAAAGGAGGUGGAGGCAGCCCGAUGGACAAAGGAGCAGGCAUGUCUGACCUAGCUGCUUUUGCCAGCUCCUCAUCCCUGCAUGGCCUGGCUCAGGUGUUGGGAUCAUCAGGAUCAGGCCGGGCAAGCAUGAGGCGGACAGUGUGGGCCCUGGCCCUGCUGGCAUCACUCAUGCUCUUCCUGUACCAAGCGUCCCGGAGCACAGGUACCUACCUGGAGCACCCACAUGUGGCCGCACUGAGCGAGGAAAGCCGGCGUGAGCUCACCUUUCCCGCCAUCACGCUGUGCAACGUCAACCGCUUCCGCUUCUCUGCGCUCACCGACGCCGACAUCUACCACCUGGCCAACCUGACCGGGCUGCCGCCAAAAAGCCGCGGCGGGCACCGACCAGGCGAGUUGCAUUACCCACCUCCUGACAUGCUGGACAUCUUCCAGCGCACGGGCCACCAGCUUGAUGAUAUGUUGAAGAGCUGCAACUUUAGUGGACAGAACUGCUCCGUGCAGGACUUCAGCGUGGUAUACACACGCUAUGGGAAAUGCUACACUUUCAAUGGAAACAAGACCUCACCAAAACGGACCCGGCAGGGGGGUAUGGGAAAUGGCUUAGAGCUGAUGCUGGAUAUACAACAAGAUGAAUACCUCCCCAUCUGGAGAGAGACCAAUGAGACCACUCUGGAGGCUGGAAUCCGUGUUCAGAUUCAUAGUCAGGAUGAGCCUCCUUAUAUCCAUGAGCUGGGCUUUGGAGUCUCACCAGGAUUCCAAACCUUCGUGUCCUGCCAGGAACAGAGGUUGUCGUACCUGCCUCAGCCAUGGGGAAACUGCCGUGCAUCGACAGAGCCAGUGAUCCCCGGAUACGACACGUACAGCGUGAGCGCCUGCAGACUGCACUGCGAGAGCAUCCAGGUGCAGAGAGAGUGCAACUGUCGGAUGAUACAUAUGCCAGGAAAAGCGGAUAUCUGUACACCGGCAAAAGUGAAAUGUGUCGACAGAGCACUUGCUUCGAUGGAGAUAAGCGCAGGAGACUCAUGUGUGUGUGAGACACCGUGUAACAUCACACGCUAUGGAAAAGAGCUCUCGAUGGUUAAAAUUCCAAGCAAAGGGUCGGCUCGCUUCCUCUCUCGCAAGUACCACAAAACAGAGGAGUAUAUCAGGGACAACUUCCUCGUCCUGGAUGUUUACUUUGAAGCGCUGAACUACGAAACGAUCGAGCAGAAGAAAGCAUACGACAUAGCUGGACUGUUAGGGGACAUUGGAGGCCAGAUGGGACUUUUCAUUGGCGCCAGUGUUCUCACAAUAUUAGAGAUACUCGAUUACAUCUAUGAGGUAAUCAAAUACAGGAUCAAAAGACUCCUGAGACCACAGAAGUACCAGAACCAGCAGAGCCAGAGGAACCAGAUGCAGAGAACAAAGAACCUCCGUGACCUGAAUCUUAGAGCCCAGCUAACACCGAGCACCAUUGCAACAGUCAGACUAGAGGAAUUUAAGCCCAAAGAGGCUAGUGAUGGGACGAGAGCUCAACCCCAUAGUGUAUAUCCAGCUUCAGUGUUACCAAACCAUCACACACAGGCCACUGGACAGCAGGACUUUGCUUGCUAAGAGAUGAUUUCUCUGUAGUUUUCAUCACUGUCUACAAUAAUUUCUCAUUAGACUUUUGGCCCUUGGUUGGAACCACACACUGGAAUUGGACAUUUCUGUUUAUCACCUGUAUAAGCUGCAGCCAAAGUCAAACCCACAGGGAGCUCACAGUGAAUGCCCCUUUUCAGCCAGUGUAAAGGUAUGUGGCUAGGUGGGGGGUCAAACUGGCUGAGACCGCCUCCAUUCCUUCAGCACAUGGUUGUAUUGGCAUCGUCCUGCAGUAGCACCGGUGGAACAAGGCCAAUUUGACUGCAUGUAAAUUAUGUUCUUCAGUAGACGCUUAGCAUUUUAGGGAGGUUUAUUUAUUUAUUUAUGUAUUUAUUUAUUUAUUUAUGUAUUUUUUACAUUCAGAUUAAUCCUCUCACUGGUAAAGAAGAAGCACAACACAUUUUUCUUUUCCAUAAUUAGAAGAGUAAAAAUUCCCAAAUCUUGUGUCCUUUAUUUUUACGUUUGCAUUUAAUGUUAAUAUAUAACAAUAAUAAUAACAAUAACAACAACAACAACAAUAAUAAUCUAUUUAUUAAAAAUAUGAAUAAAACAAUAUAAUAUUUAA